UUCAUAUUUAAACAUCCGUCUGACUUGGUUUCUCUGAUUAUAUCAAUAUUGUUCUGUUUGAAAAUAUGUUAAAUACGACGUGUUUGUAAAGUUAGGCAGCUUUAGAAAGGUCACUACUAAGUUGUGUUAUGGUUGUAGAGCAAGUGCUAAACAAGCAAGGUAUUGGUGUGAAUUAUCGCAUUGAUGUUUAUUAAACCCUGCAUAUUUGUGAUGUAAGAUUUACCACACAGUAUAGCAACAUGGUAACUGGCAGUGUAGCUAGUAUUGCGGUCGUGAUCGUCGAGAUAGCUCUACUGUUAUGUAUAUCUGCGGUGACCCUCUUGCUGUCUUUUAACAUGACGGGGCUGGGACCAACUCGCCGGGGAUUUUUCUGUGAUGAUGAAUCUAUUUCCUACCCCUACAGGACGGAUACAGUCAGCGAUUCCGUGCUUAUAGCCUGCUUUAUAGGAGUCCCUGUUAUUAUUAUGGUUUUUGUCGAAACACUUCACGCAUGUAUUUUUCGGAGUCGAGAAGGGAAACAAAUAUCGUGUCAGAUAUUUCUCUCACAUUUAUACAGGGCUGUUGGUAGUUUUCUGUUCGGUCAGAUGUCAUCCAGUCUCGUCAUGGAAACGACGAAACUGUUCGCUGGAAGAUUACGCCCCAACUUCCUGUCCGUGUGUGACAUUGACCUUGACCUCGUCAACUGUAGUCAAGGUCACGUGGAAAUAGACGACAGCACGUGCAGAAACGAUGAUAAAUCAAUGGUCAUGGAUGCCAGGAAGUCAUUUCCGUCGGGCCAUGCAUCUUUAGCUGUAUUCACCAUUGUCUUUCUUUCGAUAUAUCUACAUGAAAGAUUCAUAUGGGCACGAAAGGUUCGGAUAUUUAUUCCUACAAUACAGACCGGCCUUCUUAUUGCCGGAGUUUAUAUUUGCAUCUCCAGGAUGUCAGAUAAUAGACAUCACGCUGGUGACAUCAUAGCUGGUGCUGUUCUCGGAUUGGUCUUCGCACUAUUAGUGAAACUCCUUCUGCCAUGCGCAAGGGUCAGGCGUGCGCAUAGACGACCACUCGACACAUCCGGUAGUUUAACAACAGUGAAUUCGGAUAUCAUCGACAUGAAAUUCUGAAGAUAUUUCUUUCCAUGACUAUCAAAGACUAUAAUUGGUGAUUUCUGUGUUUUAAAUCAAAACAACAACGUAUAUCCGCCGAUAUUGGCAACAUCCGUCACAAAAACAAUGACUUGGCCAAUUCGAGCUUUUGACACGUUCGAUGCCAUCAUGGUGACAUUUAUCUCUGAAUGAACAAAAAAACGACCGACUUUGUAAUCUUAACUGUUUUCCAAAAGUCGUUCAAAGUCUUGGUGAACAUGUUUCUAGCGGCAAUUCGCACAUGCAUAGCAAUAUCUAUAACUCUGGCUGUAAUAGUUAUUGAGUUGUGUCCCUUGUUUGACUUAAACACCAACAACAGACGAGUGUUGGUGUUCCCUCCGCAGCUCUCUUGUCCCCUUGUUAUUCUAAUACAGUGUAAGGGGAAACAUAAUGCUAUAUACAUGGCAGAACAGAUACAAUUACAGAACGAAUGUGAAAUUAAUGUUGUUUUUACUGUUAUGGAAUAUUUCAUAAUUCAAGUUAUCCCUUUAAGGAUAGCUUUCGUUAUUGGUAUCUUGGUAAUACAUCUAAUUAAUAGUGCUCUACAACCAUAUCGCCAGCAAUUACAUGACGUAACUUAGUGCACUGUUCUGAUUGGCCGCAGUGCGCGCCCCCUACAAAGCACAUGGUUAUUCAGGCCUCUUUUGCUCUGACUAUCGUAAGAGAAAGGUCAGUCUGUGGCAGCUCUUAUAUUAAAUUCUGAUUUAUUUUUCCCACCCUCCCAAAACCCCAAGCUUCGCCUACGUACAUGCAUAUAUGUUAUGAAUGAUAUUUUUUUUAUUUUUUUUCGAUACAUGUGUUCUGCUUGCUUGCUAUAUAUAUUUUCAGUAAAUUCGGAGAUUGACUCGAAGUUACAAACGAAAUCGUACUGCACAUCGGGCUGACCACUCGGCUUUCUACCUCAUGCCGAAUUCCAGCUGACUGAUUCCAAUUCAAGAUGUGCUGCUCCUAUUGUGUUUCCUUUGCUACUUGCCAUUACAAUAUUUUGAUGUUGCUUUGUUCGUUUUUUGUUUUUGUUUUUUGCUUUGUAUUUUUCUUCUUCUCUGGUAAGGCUCUGACGAUUUAAAUUUCAAUCACACCUAGCAGCUGAGUAUUCAGAGGGAGUAGUAUACCGCUUCCUCAGCAUAUUCUUUUGCUCGGCGAUUGGCAACUCUCAAAGAACUGUUUAUGGACAAUUUGUGGUAUUUAAAUAGAUUGGUCGGAUCUGGUCAUAGAUAUACCAUGACAGAACCGUUGAUGUUUUAUCUACUCUUCGUCCGAGCCUUGCCCAUUAUUUUCCAAACAUAAGAUAAAGACAAUGAAAAUGAAAUAAAUAUUGAAAAUGCUAUGUUUUCCUUGAUUGAAAUGAUGGGUAAUAGGAUAUCCACUACGGGCUUGCCCUAGUUGCUGAUCUACUUCCGAUCAUAAGUAUACCAAUAACCAGAACUAUUAGUUGGGAGAAGAUCACUUGAUCUCACACCCUGUUAUCAAUAGCAUUUGAUGGAUGAAAUUGUUUUAUUUGAUAGAAAAGUUUGUUAUAUUGGUUAUGUUAAAGUUGUGAUGUUAUUUAUGUACAGCCAAAUAAAACUGGUUCAGAUA